UCUGAACCAUUUAGGAAUACACAAAUUAAUAUUGUUAAACAAAAUAAUUUCCUUCUUAAUUGACCUCCCUGUAAUACAUAUAUGUACCUAUAUCUAUAGCGCUAUCGUCAGCAUCAACUACGCCUUCUGGCCUACUUACUCCACUCCAGUCUACUCGUCCCGUCCGUGGCUACACUGCCACAUCCCGUCCCGGCAGUGGCCCCACUGUCACAUUGCCAGAGUGGCGCGACUGCAGACAUUUAGAACCCACCACCAACGUGACUGGCGUCUGGGGUUGUGGAGGUGGCGUGUAUGAGAGCGAUGUGUACUGGCACCCCCCGUUAGAGCUGGUGGAGUACAAAUCGUACCGUAGCGUUCGCUUACUGGAGUACGUCAUUCCCGAGGAGUCGGCUGAGGCAUGGUGGGACUUCCAGGCACUGAGCACUACCGAGAACUGUGGGGUCCGAGAAAUCAUCAUAUAUAUGCAGCAUGGUGGCUACCCUGUGAUAAAUCCAUACAAUGAGUCAUUCCCGGAGAACUUCUACCUUGGCCGUACAAUGAUGCGGAAGCUAACCCUCAAAACAGACAACUCCUCAGCACCAUUUGUUAUCACCAACCCUCUCCCUGGGAGCUGGUUUGCCACUGUGGUCUUACCGAAGGGGAAAAGCCGUAUUGGACAAAAGGGUCUGAGUCGCUCAUCAUGUACAUAUGCUGUCUCGGCCACAGUCGUCUCUACCAUCAGGAAGGACAUUGAGGAAAUCUCCCUGUCAGAUCAGCAUCAUGUGACUUUGAAAUCUGGCCAAUCAGACUCAGUCUUCAGAUAUCUUGUUCCGACUGACGUCCACCAUUACCAGGUCAAUGUGAUGAAUUGUACGUUAUCAAACAACGACUCAGUGGAGGUCAUUCUCUGUCCUGUCUCAUUUUCCGUCAGCAGCCAGGUACUGCCAGACUCAGACAGGAGCUCAUCAAAGGUAGAUUGUGAGACUCAACCCGCUGGCCACUGUUCUGUUGGAGUUGCCUCCCCUGCUGUGAACAAAUGGAGUUAUCUUCAAGUCACAAGGUCUCAGGGAAAUUUUUCUGAAAGUUCUGAAGUCUCAUUCAGCCUGGAAUUUACAAUGCAUGGCUGUCAGUUCUUUGUCGGAAUGACGGUUGCUCAAGCUUACCCCUUAAAGAAGAAGCAUAGAUCUCCUCGUGCUGACAGUAUGGUGUACCAUUACAGCCAGAUGAACAAGGUGGUGCCCUCCAGCGAGUGUCAUCUGCUACCCUCCCUGGGAAGACUGAGCAUGGUGAAGAAAGACUUCACCACAGCUUUUGUCUUUCCCAGCCCUUACCUGUUACCCAUGCCCAUGAAUGAACGUAUCAUCCCAGAUAAAAAGACCCUUGUCACGUCUUUUGAGGUCAAAAAGCUUAUAGAUUCCGGAGGAACUCUCAAAUUGUUGCUCAAAACGGAUCCAAGCAAAGUGGAUUCCACGCAGUAUGCAGCUGUGACGAUGUGUACCCAGAAGGAUCACCUCCCAGCGAGCGUGUCCAAUGGUUCUCUGCCUCUGGAUUGCUCUCAGGGCAUCAGACUUUCGGUGAACACCACCCUGCCCAACAACACUUAUGCCUCGGUGUAUGUUCCGUAUCCAGAAACAGGCACCUGGUUCAUCACGCUGAAGAGUCAGUGCAUUAACAAAGUAGCUUACACCAAAGGGUCAACCCAGUACGAGGCCUGUAAGCAUGGGCGUGCGCCUAGGGCAGAGUUCAGUGCCAGUGUCGGGCAGUGUGUCCAGGGCGAGUGUGGUGCUCACGGCACCUGUAGAGAGUACAUCAGUGGUGUGUACGUUUUCAGCACCUGUAAUUGUGAGGGGGGCUGGCGUGGGUACGGCUGUACCGAUGGCUCUCAAGCUGAUACCAUGUCACAGGAGCUGAUGUCUGUCUUGCUGCUCUCCCUCAGUAACCUCUUCUUCAUCCCGGCCAUUGUGCUUGCCAUCUAUCGGUGGUACUAUAUCGAGGCCCUCGUCUACGCUUUCACCAUGUUCUUCUCAACCUUCUACCAUGCCUGUGACACCAGCUCAGUCUACACCUUCUGCAUGAUGGACUACAAUGUACUGAGUUACUGUGACUUUUACGGCUCCAUACUGUCGUUCUGGGUGACCCUGCUGGCCAUGGCCCGCCUGCCCUCCAAAAUGCGCUCCUUCCUUCAUAUGGCGGGUGCGCUAGGCCUAGCCCUAGGGGUGGAGUAUGAUAGACAUGGUCUGUGGGUAUUUGUUGCGCCAGCUGCAUGCGGUAUCGUCGUCAUGGCUAUAUCAUGGGUUCGCAUGUGCUGCAAGCGGCACUCUCUUUUCCCGAGCUGGAAGCGAUACCUGUGUUUCCUGUUGCCAGGUGUGAUCUGUGCUGCCAUUGGUCUAGUUAUCUUCGCUUUUGUGGAGACCGAACAGAACUACAAGUUCACUCACAGUAUUUGGCAUGCGGUGAUCGCUGUGUCCAUCAUCUUCUUACUCCCCCCGCGUCAAAAACAGAAAGGGAUCAUACUAGAUGUGCCGUCAGAGCGAGACACAGUGAACUUGUUACAGACAGAUCAGUGCAGCAGCUCCCAUGAUCUCCUGUUAUAGGUUAAAACAUGUGAAGAUUUAACAAGUACAGAGAAAGAUAUACUGAUACAUGUGUAUUUCUUGAAAUAACCCAAUCCUGUGUACUGUAAAUCUUCAACCAUUUCAACCACUAAAGCGGUUUUCAGUGAAAUUUACGUAUACAAAUAUAUGCUAAAAAUGGUUUGUUCGUGUCAUUAAAGAUGCAAGCUUCAUUAAACCGUGCAAAUUAUUUCUCUACACUCCAUCGUUCUAUCAGAACUUUUCAAAAUAUUGGCUGCAGAGACGUUUCAGGAAUUAGGGUAUUCCUUUCCGUAUAAAAAUUUAGUCUCGCAUUCCCCCUCUGUAUAACAGUCCAGUCUGGUAUUCCCUCUCUGUAUAACAGCCCAAUCUCGCAUUUCCUCUCUUUAUGACAGCCUAGUCUCAUAUUCCCUCAGUAUUACAACCCAGUCUCGUAUUCCCUCUCUGUAUAACAACCCAGUCUCUUAUUCCCUCUCUGUAUAACAGCCCAGUCUCAUAUUCCCUCUCUGUAUAACUACCCAGUCUCAUAUUCUCUCUCUGUAUAACAGAACACUCUUGUAUUCCCUCUGUAUAACAGCCAAGUCUUGUGCUCCCUCUCUUUAUGACAACCCAGUCUUGUAUUCCCUCCCUGUAUAACAGCCCAGUCUUGUAUUCCCUCUCUGUAUAACAACCCAGUCUCAAAUUCCCUCUCUGUAUAACAGCAGUCUUGUAUUCCCUCUGUAUAACAGCCAAGUCUUGUAUUCCCUCUCUGUAUAACAGCCCAGUCUUGCAUUCCUCUCUGUAUAACAGCCUAGUCUUGCAUUCCCUCUCUAUAUAACAGCCAAGUCUUGUAUUCCCUCUCUAUAUAACAGCCAAGUCUUGUAUUCCCUCUGUAUGACAGCCAAGUCUUGUAUUCCCUCUCUGUAUGACAGCCCAGUCUUGUAUUCCCUCUCUGUAUA